AUGAAUGAACAACCAUUGGAAGAUACCAUCAUGGAGGUGAAGGAAGAUUUCAUGCUUUCACCUGCUGGUGACAGUAAAGCAACUCUAAGAACAACCCAUUUUCUCAAACCAAUUGCAAACACCAUUGAAGAACCACCUUUGAAGUUUAAAACAUCAUCGUCUUCUGUUUUUGACCCAAAUGAAUGGCCUUUGAAAUUCCAUUUCAAUGGGUGGCGUGACUGGCGUCACAACCAAGAGAAAUGGGUUUGUUGGGUUGAAGACCUUAAACCCAAAUAUGAAUCAGUGUGGAAGAAAGCUGGAAUCUUUGAAGCUAUAAUGAGUACUAUGUGUCGCAUAGUGAAAAAUCAAGACUUGCUAUAUGGGAUUGUGGAGAAAUGGUGUUGUGAGACAAAUACAUUUGUGUUUCCAUUUGGUGAGGCAACAAUUACUUUGGAGGAUGUUAUGGUUUUGGGGGGUUAUCCUAUCAUUGGUCAUCCUAUUUUCACAGAAGUUAAAGACCAAGAAAUGAAAGAGGUAGAAGAGAAGCUCAUCAUUGCAAGACAGAAACCAUGGCAGACUAAAAAAUCUCACGCUACCACAUCAAUAUGGAUGGAUAUGUUCAUUGAUAAAGGUAGUAAAAUUGAACAUGAAGCAUUUCUAGCAACUUGGUUAUCAAUUUUUGUUUUUCCUCAUAAAUACCAUUUGGUGAAAAGUUGUUUGUUCCCUAUUGCUGUUCAUCUUGCUAGAGGAAAUCCAAUUGCUUUGGCACCAGCUGUUUUAGCUAGCAUUUAUAAGGAUUUAACUUUGUUUAAGAAAACAAUUGUUGAUUUGUCAAAAUAUCAUGUUAGUAGUGAUAGAUAUCCUCUAGAAGUUACCCUUCCAUCACCCUUUUACUUGGUUCAAAUUUGGGUGUGGGAGAGGUUCAAAAACUUACAACCACAACCCAUGUUGAUCAACCAUGGAGACCCUUUAUUGUUUAGGUGGCAUGAGGUUAGAGCCUUGAAAAUAGACGAUGUUAAGUUGACAUUAGACUCGGCUAUGGAUGAUUUUCUUUGGCGUCCGUAUGUUAGGUUUGCUGAUAACUGUGAGAUGUUUUAUCCAAAUGAUGAAUUAUUGGUACCAUUUAAGAAAGAUUUGGAUAAACAAUUGCUUUCAUUUGUUAUAUGCUUGAGAGUUUCCGAGCUUGUUGGCUUUGAGUCUAUAGAGCAAUAUCUUCCGCAUAGAGUUGCUAUGCAAUUUGGAAUGGAUCAAGAUGUUCCAAGUUCUGUGCCUAGAAUCAAUGAGACUAAAUUCAUUGCUUGGAAAAACUACUGCAGACCUGUACCUGGUCAAAAUUUGUAUUUUCCAUCGCGAUUUUUUGAGGCAGAUGUAACCACUCGUUAUGCAAUGUGGUGGCCGCAACCGGUAUUAGGUCAUGGCGAUUUUGUUAAGAACAUUGUGAAGCGGAAGAGAAGUGCAAGUUCACGGAAACAUAGACCUCUUGUAGGAAAAGCUAACCGAAGUGGUAUUGAUGUUGGUGUUCCACCUGGAUUUCCUCCCCAUCUUGUUGACCUUCUUAGUUUUGAAAAUAUUUGUUAUGAUUAUCCUGCGGAAAAAUCUUCUCAUGAUUCUGUGAAAUCUGAUGAAAAUAUUGAUUCUCCUUCCAUAUCUGUUGAGGAUUGUACACCUUUGACGAAAUCUAAGAAUUUAAUCAACCAAUUUCCUUCAGCCUCUUUAGCAGAUUCAAAAAUUUCAACAAGGAGUUUGGAGGAAUAUUUUGAAGAUGCACAUGGGAGAAAAGAAGCAACAAUGUCUAGUGACAGAGUCUGUUUAUCCCAGACUCAAGGUGAAAAUAAAACCUGCAAAAGGUUUUUUGUCAGAAAAAAAAUCUCUUCGUCCAACAAUGAAAAUGUUGUGCAACAAGAUAUUCAGUUUCACUCUGAUAUGGCUGCUCAAUCAGAAACUAAAGAAAAAGUUGAAGAAAAAGGAAGUAAAGAAAGUGAUCAUGAAGUUGUGCUUUUGUUAAAAGAGCAAUACUUGAAGAAUCAAGAGGAACUCGCACGUUUAGCAAGACAACAGGAAGAGAUGUUACGGAUAAUGGAUAUCAGGGAGAAGAGGGAUGAAGAGUUGAGGCAACUGCUCACUAGUUUUCUAAGGAAUCAACAACCACCAUCUUCUUAA